CUCCCCUCCCGCGGCAGCGCUGAUCCCAGCUGGGACCCUAAACACACACCGAAGGUUCAGGAAGGGCCAGACCAAAUGAUUUGCGGGGCCGGACGUUCCCCACGCCUGAUAUAGAAGAUCGACUGGACAGCUACCCUCAAGGUGGCACCGCUGCUCAUGGGACUGCCCCGGAGUGCCCUUGUCAGAUGAGGUCCACACAUGCACCAUGUCAUCAUGUGUCUCUAGUCAGCCCAGCAGUGACCGGGCCGCCCCCCAGGAUGAGCUGGGGGGCGGGAGCAGCAGCAGCAGCAGCGAAGGCCAGAAGCCUUGCGAGGCCCUGCGGGGCCUCUCGUCCCUGAGCAUCCGACUGGGCAUGGAGUCCUUCAUCGUGGUCACCGAGUGCGAGCCGGACUGCGCUGCGGACCACGGCCUGGACCAGGACCCGCUCCCGGAGGCUGAUGGCCCAGAAGGCCCCCUCUCCUCGCCGCGGCUGCCCCGGCGGCCCACCGUGGAGUCCCGCCACGUCUCCAUCACUGGUAUGCAGGAUUGUGUUCAGCUGAACCAGUACACACUGAAGGAUGAAAUUGGAAAGGGCUCCUAUGGCGUGGUCAAGUUGGCCUACAAUGAAAAUGACAACACCUACUAUGCGAUGAAGGUGCUAUCCAAAAAGAAGCUGAUCCGACAGGCCGGCUUUCCACGUCGCCCCCCGCCCCGAGGCACCCGACCAGCCCCAGGGGGCUGCAUCCAGCCCAGGGGCCCCAUUGAGCAGGUGUACCAGGAAAUUGCCAUCCUCAAGAAGCUGGACCACCCCAACGUGGUGAAGCUGGUGGAGGUCCUGGAUGACCCCAAUGAGGACCAUCUGUACAUGGUGUUUGAACUGGUCAACCAAGGGCCUGUGAUGGAAGUGCCCACCCUCAAACCGCUCUCUGAAGACCAGGCCCGUUUCUACUUCCAGGAUCUGAUCAAAGGCAUUGAGUACUUACACUACCAGAAGAUCAUCCACCGGGACAUCAAACCUUCCAACCUCUUGGUCGGAGAAGAUGGGCACAUUAAGAUUGCGGACUUCGGUGUGAGCAACGAGUUCAAGGGCAGCGAUGCGCUCCUCUCUAACACUGUGGGCACACCUGCCUUCAUGGCCCCCGAGUCUCUCUCCGAGACCCGGAAAAUCUUCUCUGGGAAGGCCUUGGAUGUGUGGGCCAUGGGUGUGACACUCUACUGCUUUGUGUUUGGCCAGUGCCCAUUCAUGGACGAGCGGAUCAUGUGUUUACACAGUAAGAUCAAGAGUCAGGCCCUGGAAUUUCCGGACCAGCCCGACAUAGCGGAGGACUUGAAGGACCUCAUCACCCGCAUGUUGGAUAAGAACCCCGAGUCGAGGAUCAUGGUGCCAGAGAUCAAGCUGCACCCCUGGGUCACGAGGCAUGGGGCGGAGCCGUUGCCAUCGGAGGACGAGAACUGCACGCUGGUCGAGGUGACCGAAGAGGAGGUCGAGAAUUCAGUCAAACACAUUCCCAGCCUGGCGACCGUGAUCCUGGUGAAGACCAUGAUUCGAAAACGCUCCUUCGGGAACCCGUUUGACUGCAGCCGGCGGGAGGAACGCUCGCUGUCGGCGCCCGGAAACCUGCUCAGCAAAAAACCAACCAGGGAAUGGGAGCCCCUGUCUGAGUCCAAGGAAGCACGGCAGCGAAGACAGCCUCCAGGGGCCCGACCCGGCCCUCGCGGGGGAGGAGGAAGUGCUCUUGUGAAAGGCGGUCGGUGUGUGGAGAGUUGGGGGGCCUUGGGCCCUGGCCACCGAACGCGAACGCGCAUGCAUCCUCUGCGGCCAGACGACGCCAUGGAGUAGCUGCUGGACGCCCGUGACCUCGCAUGCUGGGCGUCUCACCUCCAGGGCUACGCACCCUGCGUUUCCAUAGCAGCAUGUCCUACGGAAACUGAGCACGUGUGUAGAGCCUUGCCCGUCAUCUCUGGUUGUUUGGGUUUUUUUUGUUUUGUUUUCCUUUGUUGUUUUAAAGGGGACAAAAAAAAAUACACACCAACCCACAAAACACUCCAUGACCUUGACCUUGGCCGCUGGCUGGCUGAACAGGCAGGUGCGAGGAGUUGCAGACGCAGAGCCACAUGCAUUUUGGGACAGUUUGCUUUUUAAAACGUUUUUAUGCCAAAAAAUCCUUCGUUGUGAACCAGGAACCACGUCAGAUACACCGAGAGAAUAUGUGUGUGGGGUUUGAAAAUCGUGAAAAACUGGCUGAGAACUCAGAAGGCAUGGCCUGAGACCACAGAGUGAGGGAGCUGCUGUAUUUGAAAGGGAGAAGAGUGGGCGUGACUUCUCAUGCAAACGCCGAACCUAAAAGCACACCACCUUCCAGAUCCGUGGACUCGGGGCAGCGAGGCAGGGCUAGCCCUCAGUAGCUGCGGGGAGCUUGGAUGUAACUAUUUAUAAGAAGGACUUGAACAUUUUUUAAUUUUACUUUAUUUUGUUGUGACUGGAAUUGUCAGAAAAACAGAAAGGGCUUGAUGGUGAACUGUUUCACAGAGGGGACUGUCAACCCUAAAGGGCAUUCGUGAUGGUGGUGGGAGAAGUUUUGCUUAAAGGACUUGAAUGCAUACAGGGAGGCGGCUGACCUCUCUUAGCAAAUCUCUCGUUCAAUUACAAAAACAUCAGGGUGAAAUCCUCUACUUCCAUGGAUAUUACAUGGCUUGGGCGUGAACAAACAAGCAAAAAUGGCCACUUCUCCAGCUAGACUGACCUCCAGAGUAAGUCAGAAACCAUCUCUUCUAGAGCUUCCAGGAUCUAUUCCCCGGCUUCGGGCGUGUGAUCGGAGUUGGAACCCAUGAAACCCGCGCUUGUAUAUUAGCGGCUUAGCUCGUUUAUGGCCUAUGUAAUUCUAGACACUGAACGUUUUGUUCUCUUCUUAAAUACUAGCUGAGUGUUGUCAUUAGUCAAACAGUUCAUCCAGUUCCCGGAGGUCCGGCUAGGAAAUACUUUCAUUCGACCGAGACACAAAUGGUCAUCCGUAGCAGCAAAGCUCUGUUAGGAGACCCCCAGGGCACCCUCAGAGAGAAGGCUGUGGAAACCCAGAGCACUCCUCAGGGUCCAAGGAACUGGGACUUGGCACAGGACCUGCCCUUUCGCAGUCAGAAGUCCAGAGAGAAAAGGUUUAUUUUUUUGACCUUCAUCUGAUAUUGAGAAGUGUGACUGCAGUACAAGUGGGACUUCUUCCAGAGCCGCAGGUGGGCGAGUGUGAAGGUCAAGGGUUAGGAAAACCGGGAAGACUUUGUCCUGGGAGAUUGCCGGUGCUUUGUGGAACCUGGGGAAACACUGCAUGCUUUCCGUUGUUCCUGUGUGGACGGCCUUGGUAUGAGGACAUUUUGCAGAGAGAGAGAAGCAAGGAAUCUCGGAGCCCAGGCAUUCUUGGCAUCCGUAGAUCUUGAAUGUAAGCUCUUGACUGUCAGUUAGCCAGCCUUCUCUCGUGAUCCUAUAACAAUCAUACAGAAUGAGGAAGUGCUGGUGUCCCAACAAGCAGAGGAUACCUGUCUGAUGGAGGGUCCUCUCGCCUGCUUGCUUGCUUGCUUUUUGUAACCUGGUACUUCCUCCUGCCCUCCCUCCUAUGCUGUUUCAAUGUGUGGGCCCCACCCCUCCCGGGAGCAGCUGGGGCCUGGUUAGGCUGCAGUAAGCACCUUGCAAUGGUUGAAGUCUGCCGGUCCUGGGUGUUUGUCCCAGCUUGUUUGUGUGAACUCUGGCCUGGCGGGUGGCUCGUCCUGGGGAGGGCGGGCAGCGCGCAGAACUUCUGCAGAACUCCUGUGUUUACACAGCCGCGUCGGGCAACGCCAUCGCCCCCACGACACUCUUGGGACGGGUUUCACAUGUGCAAUGCCCACCAUCGGGCAGCGCCCAGCUAUUUUGGCGGUGGGUUGGGGGAGGCCCAAGUUCAUAACUUUAUUAUUAUUAUUAUUAUUUUAAUUUUUUUUUUU